GCUUCCGGGCUUUGCCGCUGUCUCCAGCUGCUCCUCUGAUUCCUGGGUUGGGUUGUGCUUCCCUGAAGCUAAGCUGCCAGAGUGCCAUAUACAUCUCCAAGAGUAAGAAAAGAUGAAUAAAUCUCCGGGGUUGGUGUCAUUUGAGGAUGUGGCUGUGGACUUCACCUGGGAGGAGUGGCAGGACUUGAAUGAUGCUCAGAGGACUUUGUACAGGGAUGUGAUGCUGGAGACCUACAGCAGCCUGGUGUCAUUGGGGCGCUGCAUUAGUAAACCUGAGGUGAUCCUCAAGUUGGAGAAAGGAGCAGAGCCAUGGAUGAUAGAAGAACACCCAAACCAGAGCCUCCCAGAUGUCCAGAUAGUCAAUGACCUAAUUGAGAGGAGCCAAGAAAGUCAUGGUAGAUACUUGUGGCAAGGUGUAAUCAUCAAUGGCAACCAAUCAACUGAGGAUAGAGUGGAGUUAGGAAAAUCAUUUAAUGUGAGUUCAAAGCAUAUUUUAAAUUUGGUUAUAAAUAAUAGAAAAUAUUCAGGAGUGGGACAUGAGGAGAGUGACAAAUGUGAGAAUGCACUUCCUCCAGAGACUGAUGCCAUGCAUGCUGGAGAGAAACCUGAUGUGCAUAAUAUAUUUGAGAAAUCACAGAGACAUCAUGAGCAUCUUAGUCAGCAUCCCAAUAUUCCAACUGGGCAACUUUUUGAAUAUAGUGGAAAAGGAAAAUUCUCCAACACAGUGCCAAUAAUAUUUAUAUAUAAGAAGAUUCAUAUGGGUGAGACCACCUGUAAAUAUAGUGAAUAUGGGAAAGCCUGUAAUAAGUCAGCUGUCACUGCUCAAGAGAUAACUCAAGUAGGGAAGAAAAAUUUUCAAUGUGAUGUUUCCUGGAAAAUGUUCUAUAAAAAAGCUAAACUUACUCAACAUCAGAUUAUACACACAGGGGAGAAACAUGGUAAACACAGUGAAUGUCAGAAAUCUUUUAUUAAGAAAUCAUACCUUAUCUCAUAUCAGGGAACAUCUACAGGGAAGAAGCUUUAUCCAUGCCAUGAGCCGAAGUUUUUCCAUCAGAAGUCAGACCUUACUGUGCAUCACAAAAUUCACACAGGGGAAAUGUCCUAUGGAUUUAUUAAGUGUGGCAAAAACUUUCAUGAGAAUUCUCACACAAGUGAGAAAUCAUCUGAGUGUAAUGAAUGUGGAAAAUCUUUCAACCGUAAUUCUGCCCUUACCGUAUAUCAGAGAAUUCACAUGAGUGAGAAUCCAUAUGAAUGUGAAAAAAGUCGAAUUUUCUACAGUAAGCCAAAACUCAACAAACAUGAGAGAUUUCACAUUGGUGAGAAACCCUUUGACUGUAUCACAUGUGAAAAAACCUUUCACCAGAAUUCUAACUUCAGCAAGCAUAAGGGAAUUUAUACAGAACAUGGAAAAGACUUAAACCAAAAGUCAAACCUGAAGAGACGCCAGAGAAUUAACACACAUGAGUACCCAUAUGAAUGUAAAGAAUGUGGGAAAGCUUUUAACCAAAAGUCAGCCUUCACCAUGCACCAGAGAAUUCACCCAGGUGAGAAGCCCUACAAAUGUAAUGAAUGUCAAAAAAGAUUUAACAACAAGUCAUCCUUCAGGAUGCAUAAGAGUACUCACAGAGAAAAAAAACCUUAUCAGUGUAAAGAAUGUGGAAAUGAUUUUAACCAAAUGUUGGUUCUCAGCAUGCAUCAGAGAAUUCACACAGGUGUGAAACCAUAUGAAUGUAAAGAAUGUGGAAAAGCUUUUAACCAAAAGCCAGCCCUAAGUAGGCAUCAGAGAAUUCACACAGGUGAGAAACCAUACGAAUGUGAAGAAUGUGGAAAAGCUUUUAAACAAAAGUCAAUUCUCAGCAUGCACCAGAGAAUACACACAGGUGAGAAACCAUAUGAAUGUAAAGAAUGUGGAAAAGCUUUUAACCAAAAGUCAAACCUCCGCAUGCAUCAGAGAAUUCACACAGGUGAGAAGCCAUAUGAAUGUAAAGAAUGUGGGAAAGCUUUUAACCGAAAUUCAGACCUCCGCACACAUCAGAGAAUUCACACAGGUGAGAAACCAUAUGAAUGUAAAGAAUGUGGGAAAGCUUUUAACCGAAAGUCAUACCUCAGCAGGCAUCAGACAGUUCACACAGGUGAGAAACCAUAUGAAUGUAAAGACUGUGGAAAAUCUUUUAACCGAAAGUCAGAUCUCAACAGCCAUCAGACAAUUCACACAGGUGUGAAACCAUAUGCAUGUAAAGAAUGUGGAAAAACUUUUAACCAAAAGUCGAUUCUCAGCAUGCAUCAGAGAAUACACACAGGUGAGAAACCAUAUGAAUGUAAAGAAUGUGGAAAAGCUAUUAACCAAAAGUCAGACCUCACCAGGCAUCAGAGAAUUCAUGCAGGUGAGAAACCAUAUGAAUGUGAAGAAUGUGGAAAAUCUUUUAAGCGAAAGUCAGACCUCAGCAGCCAUCAGACAGUUCACACAGGUGAGAAACCAUAUGCAUGUAAAGAAUGUGGAAAAGCUUUUAACCAAAAGUCAAACCUCAACAUGCAUCAGAGAAUACACACAGGUGAGAAACCAUAUGAAUGUCAAGAAUGUGGGAAAGCUUUUAACCGAAAUUCAGACCUCUGCAUGCAUCAGAGAAUUCACACAGGUGAGAAACCAUAUGAAUGUAAAGAAUGUGGAAAAGCUUUCAACCAAAAAUCACACCUCAGCAGGCAUCAGAGAAUUCACACAGGUGAGAAACCAUAUGAAUGUAAAGAAUGUGGGAAAGCUUUUAUCCGAAAUUCAGACCUCUGCAUGCAUCAGAGAAUUCACACAGGUGAGAAACCAUAUGAAUGUAAAGAAUGUGGAAAAGCUUUCAACCGAAAGUCACACCUUAGCAUGCAUCAGAGAAUUCAUACAGGUGAGAAACCAUAUGAAUGUAAAGAAUGUGGAAAAUCUUUCAACCGAAAGUCAAACCUCUGUGUGCAUCAGAGAAUUCACACCGGUGAAAAGCCCCAUUAAUGUAAUGAAUGUGGAAAACUUUUUUAUACAAAGUCACAGUUUAGAAGACAUCAGGAUACUCACACAGGAGAAAAAUUAUUAAUGUACUAUGACAAGACUUUUAUUGGAACUCCCCCUAACGGACAGGGAAGAAUUCACCCAAAGAGAAAUCUCAGUGAAUGUAAUUUGUAUGAGAAAAGAUUUUGCAAGAGGUCAUACCUCAAGGCAUCAGAGAACUUAUAUCGAGAAGAAGACGUAAAUAUACAAUUGUCCUCAGGUAUUGAAGAUUGUUUUCAGGAUCCACUAUUGAUACAAAAAUCGCUGAUGCUCAAGUCCCUUCUAUAAAUGGUGUAGUAUUUGUGUAUUACCAAUUCACUUCCUGCUAUGUACUUUACAUCUUGUGUAGAUUACUUAUAACACUGGAUAUUCUGUGAAUACUAUGUAGAUAGUUGUUAAACUGUGUUGUUUUUCAGUUGUAGAAUUGUUUCUUUUUUUAACGUUUUUAUUUAUUUUUGAUGAUUUUUGAUAAGUAGUUGGCUGAAUCAUCAGAUGUGUAACCCUCAAAUUCAGAAGAAGGACCAUAAUGAGUGUGAAAAAAUCUUUUCUCCAAAGUUUCAAGGCUGGCUAUUGCUAUAGCAUUGUUGCUUUUAGUAUUGUGCUCAUAAUACCAAGGGUCCCUAUACUAGCCACUCACCAAAAAAUGAAUAAAAAAGGAAUCACAUCAUAGCAGGCAUUGAAGAUUUUCCACAAGGGAGAAAUUCUGUAUGGGUUAGACUGACUGUUUUUUAAAUAAAAUCACUCUUUUGUAUGCAUAGCCUGCUAUCUGAGCACUUCAUGACUGGGUGGAUGACCAUGUAAUUUAACUCUGUUCAGGGGUACAUUGAUAUGAGUGAUGAACAUUAUUUCCAGUUCAGGCACCAAAAUAAAAAAAAUUUUUCCAUGCA